GAAGUAAUUACAGAUGUCUUCAGUGCGAAAGGCCACGCAUUCCAACAGUUGGUACUCUGGAUCUGCGAAAGAGUUGCGAAACCAAUUGGAGAACUGGUUGUCGAGUGCGGGGCCGUCGACCCAUGGACCGGCCCGGGCUAUCAUCGCACCACACGCCGGCUAUCAGUACUGCGGCGCUUGUGCUGCCUUUGCCUACAAAGAAAUCUCUCCGCAACAGACUAAGCGGAUCUUCAUCUUAGGUCCGGCACAUCACGUGCGACUCGGAGGCUGUGCCCUCUCGCCAGCGAAGGUCUAUAAGACUCCGCUCUACGAUCUGAAUAUCGAUCAGAAGAUUUACAGCGAACUCUUCGACACUUCCAUGUUUGAAGAGAUGACUCUUCAGACCGAUGAAGAGGAGCACAGCAUUGAAAUGCAUUUGCCGUUUGUGGCCAAAGUAAUGGAGGGCCAGUCGUUGACAAUAGUUCCCGUUUUGGUGGGUUCGCUGAACACCGAGAAGGAGGCGCUUUACGGCAAACUGUUCAGCAAGUAUUUGGCCGAUAAGGACAACGCGUUUGUCAUAUCAUCGGACUUCUGCCACUGGGGCGCGAGAUUCAGCUAUCAGUACUACGAUAAGGGAAAUGGAGAUAUCCAUCAGUCCAUUCAGAAACUGGACGAAACUGGCAUGAAUACCAUCGAAAAACUAAUCCCUUCCGGAUUUACCUCGUAUUUGAAAAAAUACGGAAACACUAUAUGUGGUCGACAUCCCAUCGGAGUGCUUCUCAAUGCCGUCCAUGAGUUGGUGAAUGAGUCGGAGAGCGAUGAGAAGCCGGCGCUUAAGUUCUUAAACUACGCCCAAUCGAGUCAUUGCCUAUAUAUGCACGACUCGUCCGUCAGCUAUGCGGCCGCGAGUCUCAAAUGGGACUAAACCUGUGACCCAUUCAUGAGAUGAGCACUCGAGUGAUUUGUGCCUCAAUUUCAAGUAAACGACAAAACAAAGUCUGCAUCUCUUCUAAUAUUUUGGAUUUCUAUAUAAAUAUUCGGUAAUAUAAU